AUUCAAAAUGCUUACUAUUACUUUUCCUCUCCCGCCUCCCCCACCAACGGCAUCCACCAAGCUGCCCUCAUUUGAGAUUUGUAACGUCAACUGGGAGGAGCUGGCUAUACCAAUUAUCCUCAUUUCUGUAUUUGUGUUUACUUUUAUUGUUAUUUACCUUUAUCUUUUGGCCGCAGCACCAAAGGCCAAUGCCAUUUCCACUAUGCCUGGUGGUAUUUUUGCCGCCACCGCCGAUGACACUGAUAAUGGCGUCGACGCUAAUUCUCCUGAUGGUGCUGAUUAUUCUGCCCCCACAGAUGAUGCCGAUUAUGCCGCCGCCGCUAAUGCAAUUCCGACUGCCAGACGCAGCUAUAGAUCCCAUCUCGCGGAAAUAGCAGGAUUGGACCCAUCAGAUUGUGAAGGAUACAAUACUGAGCUCACUGAUGAGUCCGAUAACGAGCUCGAUGCUCUUUUUGCUUUCUAUGCUGCUGAAGAUGCCAAGCGGAAUGCUGAAAAUGCCAGCUAUUAUGCUGAGCAAGCCAUGGAACUGGAUGAUAUUAUCGCCAGUUUGUAAUUCAGCCAUUAUUGAUUCAAGAAUAGGUAAUGCUACAGUUGACUUUUGAACUUGAUGCUGCUAAAGCCAAGGUUCUUUGUUAUAUAUUGUUUGCUACAAGUAAUGCUGUGCAUGUUUCUCUGCUUGUU